UCUUGGAUCAUUGACUCCAAAGUUACAUAAUUAUGUAAUAAAUAAUUGCAUAUCCAUUGAAAUUUUUGGUUGGAGAGUCUUAAUGACUAAACUGAUCCUAUGGCUGUAACAUCACUUUCCCAAGCAUUCAUGUACGAUGUGUUCAUCAAUUUCAGAGGCUUAGACACACGCCAAGGUUUUACUGGCCAUCUCCGCAAAGCUCUUGAUGACAGUGGAAUCCACGUUUUCGUUGAUGAUGAGGGCAUUCAGAGUGGAAAGAAAAUAACACCAGAACUCAAGAAGGCAAUUGAAAAGUCCAGGAUUGCCAUCACUGUGUUCUCAACAAACUAUGCUUCUUCUUCCUUCUGUUUAGAUGAACUUGCACUCAUUCUUGACUGCUCCAAAAGGAAUGGACUCUUGGUGUUGCCUGUCUUUUACAAAGUGCCUCCUUGUCAUGUCAGACACCAGCAAGGAAAUUAUGCAGAAGCAUUGGCCAGACUAGAGAAAAGGCUUCUGGAGGAGAGGCGCCACCGUAGCAUGGAGAAUUGGAAAAUGGCACUGAAUGAAGUAGCUGACCAUGCUGGCUUUUCUUUCGAGGAUGGCAGAAAAGAAUAUGAGCACGAGCUUAUUGAGAAGAUUGUUGAGCGUGUCUUCAGCUUCAUUAAUAAUGGUGAAGAAAAAUUACAUGUUGCUGAUUACCCAGUUGGACUAGGAUCACAGGUGCCAGAAAUAAGGAAGCUUUUGGAUGUUGGAUGUGAUGAUGGUGCCCACAUGAUAGGGAUCCACGGAAUGGGCGGUGUAGGGAAAUCAACACUUGCCCGCGCAGUUUAUAAUUUGAUCACUGAUAAAUUUGAAGGUUCGUGUUUUCUUCAAAAUGUAAGAGAAGAAUCAAACAAACACGGGCUAAAACACAUUCACAGCAUCAUUCUUUCAGAGGUACUUGGAAUGAAGAAAAUCAACCUAGCAAGUGAGCAACAAGGAAUUUCAAUAAUAAAGAAUAGGCUCAAGCGAAAGAAGGUUCUCUUAGUUCUGGAUGAUGUAGACCAGCACAAGCAAUUACAGGGAAUUGCAGGAAGUCCUGAUUGGUUUGGUCCCGGCAGUAUAGUUAUCAUCACAACUCGCGACAAACAACUUCUAGCAUCUCAUGAGGUUAAAACAACACAUGAGGUGAAGGAAUUGAAUAAGGAAGAUGCUCUUAAGUUGCUUAAAUUCAAAGCUUUUAGAAUGGAAGACGUUGAUCCAACUUACACGGAGGUAUUAAAUCAGGUAGUAACUUAUGCUUCUGGUAUUCCACUGACUUUGGAAGUAAUAGGCUCCAACUUGUUUGGAAAAAGUGUACAAGAAUGGGAAUCUGCUAUCAAACAAUACAAAAGAAUUCCUAGUAAUCAAAUCCUAGAGAUGCUUAAAGUAAGCUUUGAUUCAUUGGGAGAAGAAGAGAAGAGCGUUUUUCUUGACAUUGUUUGUUGCUUCAAAGGGUAUAAAUUGUCAGAGAUUGAAGAGAAACUUCGUGCUCUUUAUGAUAACUGCAUGAAAUACCAUAUUGGGGUGUUAGUUGAAAAGUCUCUCAUAAAGAUUAAUCAUGAUGAAAGAGUUACAUUUCAUGACUUGAUUGAGGACAUAGGUAAAAGAAUUGACCGUCAGCAAUCACCAAGAGAGCCAGGGAAGCGCAGGAGAUUAUGGUUACAGGAAGAUAUAAUUCAAGUUUUAAGAGACAACUCGGGAACUAGUGAAAUCAAAAUUAUCUGUCUGUAUUUUCCUAUAUCCGACAUCCAAGUAGUAGAAUGGGAUGGAAACGCUUUCACGAAUAUGAAAAGCCUUAAAAUACUUAUUGUUAGAAACGGUAUUUUUUCCCAACAUAUAAGUUAUCUACCAGAAAGUUUGAAGGUACUAGAAUGGCGUGCACAGGUAUCCUUCUGAUUUUCAUCCAAAGAACUUGCCAUAUGGGAGUUACGUAAUGGUUCCAUCACAUCAUUGGAGUCUGGUAGCUUAUUCAAGGGAAGUUUGAAGAAUACAUUUUACUCAUGUCUCAAAUUAAUAAAUUCACUGUAAGUUUAUUGUUACUGAUAUUCUAGAGGUUAUGUUUCCAUGUAUUGUUAGUGGUAUUCAAAGAUCUCACUUCUUAUACAAUAAAGUUUGUACUCA